ACCACGUGUGUGUAACGGCUGGUUAGUGUCAACACCGAGGCUGGUGGGGAGGGAUAUCGUCAUUACUGAUCACUGAUAAUCAAGAAUGAAAAAAUCAAAAGGUCAAAAACGGGGAAAGAAGGCAAGUGUGACAAAACUGAAUAAUAAGCUUACAACAAGACUGGCAAGGCAAGGAAAACUCAAGAAGAAGAAACCCAAAAAACGUGAACAUCAUGAUGAGGAGAACAGUGCAUCAGAGAGGAUGGUACAAGAAAGUCGUCAACAAGACUCUCAUCAGUCUGAAUUGUCGGAGGAAGAUGUUGACUAUUUCAGUACGCCUGGGAUGAACCAAAGUUUUGUUAAAUCUAGUUUACAUGCAGAUCCAUCAUCUAGAAAAAGGAAAUAUUCUGAUACAAAUGACACUGAAUCUGCCUAUGAGAAGCUUCCUCGUAGAAUUCUUCACAAAGACAACAACCAAAACAUCAAAUCCUUGUUACCUAUUAAAACAAAGAGGGGAAUGAUCAUACCACAGAUGGUGGAAGAUGUCUCAAUUCAAGAUGAAGACGAGAAAGAGUCAGCAGAGGAAGAAACGUGUAAUGAACCUGGUGGCGUUGUCAAACCAGAGAAGUUACCAGAACUGAAUAGUGCACAACUUAUGUCGCUGAGAAAGCAAAAACUAACAGAUCGCAGACGGAGAAUAGCUAUCCUGGCAAGUGCUCUGAUCGAGAAUCCCGAGGCUAAUAUAAGAAAACUAAAAGAGUUGCGGUCUAUGCUUGAGGAAGAAGACCCUGACGUUUACCUGACAGUACGAAAGCUUGCAAUGGUCUCGCUAAUGGAAGUAUUCAAGGAUAUUGUCCCCGACUAUCGACUUCGGAUCGCAACACAAGAAGAAAAAUCGCAGAGGGCUAGAAAAGAGACAAAGACCUUGCGUGACUUUGAAGAAUCAUUUAUACUGAACUAUCAUCAUUAUUUGGAGUUUUUGGAGAGAACUGUACGAGGCCAAAUCUCCAAGAAAGCAGCUUAUCACAACAGAAAGAAGGAGAGAGACACUGGUCAACUGGGUCAAGGAUUGCAUCAGGACAAUAUCAAGGUGUUGAAGACGAUGGCCCUGAGGUGUUUGUGCCAGAUGUUGGUGACACACCCUCACUUUAACUACAGGAACAACAUUGUCACUGUCAUAGUACCAUUCAUGAACAAGGCAGAUGUGCAGAUGUCAUGUAUAGCCUGUGACACUGUCAGAAAUGUUUUCAGAGAAGAUCGUGGAGGUCAUAUUAGCCUAGAGAUUGUAAAGGCAGUCAGUAAAAUGAUAAAGUCCAGAGAUUUCAAAGUAAAGAGGGAGGUACUGGAUACUUUUCUCAGCCUCCGUAUUAAAGAAGUAGAUUACGAGGCACAGGGGGAGAAAUUAACCGGUCAGCAACGGAAGGACAUGAAGAAGAAAAUGUCCAAACGAGAAAAAAAGAGAAAGAAGCAGAUGGAGGAAUUGGAAAAAGAAUUACAAGAGACGAAAGCUACGGAGGACAAGAGACGUAGAAUGAAAUUACACACAGAGACAAUACAGGCAGUGUUCUUAACUUACUUUCGCAUCCUGAAGGGAGGGGUCAGCUCCGAGCUGUUAUCUGCUGUCCUGGAAGGGUUAGCAAAAUUUGCACACCUGAUAAAUGUUGAUUUCUUUGACGACUUGUUCAAAGUUUUUGAUGACCUGAUUUCCUCUGGGGAGCUGUCCUACAGAGAGUCGCUGCAUUGUGUUCAGACGGCAUUCAUCAUUCUGUCGGGACAGGGGGCAGCACUGAACAUUGACCCUAUGACCUUCUACACCCAUCUGUAUAACACAGUUUUCAAUGUCCAUGCAGGGUGUUCUAGUGAAGAUAUUCCAAUCAUCCUUAAUUGUCUGGACGCCAUGGUAACUCGGAGAAAAAGACAGAUUUCUCAACAAAGAGUGCUGGCAUUCAUCAAGAGGCUGAUAACACUGGCCCUAAUGCAGUCCCAUGAAGGAAGUCUUCCUUUGCUGCUGGCUGUCAGGAACUUUAUCUUGACAUACAAAUCUAGUGAAAUGCUCUUUGAUAACGAGACCCAAGGGAGCGGGGUUUUCCUGCCUGAGUUGUCAGACCCGGAGCACUGUAACGCACACAACACUAUGCUAUGGGAACUACAAUUGUUGAAGCACCAUUACCAUCCUGUGACGAGACGGAUCAGUGCUCAUGUGUCCCUACAGACUCCAACUUCCGGGGAAGGACAACUGACUGCAGACCUGGCACGCAAAAAACCACAGGAGCUGUAUGAAGAACACAAAGCAGGAGAGGAACUAUUCGUUCCGAUGCCGCCAAAUAAAUCCUCUUCUAAAAACAAAACGCUACACAACAAGAUUGGUGCCCAUAGCAUGAUUCAGAAAGAUUUCAAUCUGUCAAUAGUAGAAAUGUUUCUAUCAGUAGAAACAGGAGAAAAGGCUAACUGCACCACAGGUCAUUCUUUGAAUGCUACAUGAAAGUGAAAUGAUUUUCAUAUGAAUAAAUUUUGA